AUGGUGACACCACCUCCACUGCUCUCGUCCGCCGCUGUCACACAAGGCACCUCCGCGUUGCGGCACUUCCAUUUUCAGCACGCCAUCGCUGCUGCGGCGCCGUCUUCCUUGGGCUUCCCAGGCGCGGGAGCAGCAGCGGCUGCGCACCGUACCAGCAGCGGCGUCGCUGGCUCCUUUUUCCUCCCUCUCGAAGAGGUGAUACGCAAGGCGCUGCCGGUUUCGCGCGGGGGCUUCUCCUCCCGAGCCUGCAGCGUGUACACCGGUGUGCGAUCUGACGGGACGUUGUCGAUCAUAAUGCUGGAGGAGUACCCAGGCUACACGGAAUCCACGCCAGCGCAACCCCCGCGGGCAACCGCCUCAUCUCCUGCGUUCCCCGCUACUACCGCGGAGGGCACUCCCACCGUCCCGGACGGGCGAGAGGGCCACCACUCCACCAAGUCCCCUGCAUCGCCGGCACUGCAGGACUGGGCGCGGCUACCACCCACAGCGUCGGCAGAGCAACCAGUGCUUUCGUUGUCCGCAGACACUGACGCAUCUCGUCGGCUGCUGGCCACCGUACCCCAGUCUGCUGCUACCGGCGUGGCAGGUGCGACGUCGUCUAACAACCCACAUCGGCAGGACCUCAUAGACACUGGCGGUGUUGUCAACGAGGGGGUGGCUAUCAGGGACCCCUGCGUCGGCCUCACGUCCGGUUCUCUCCCUCGCGCACCGCCGACUCCUAUGCCCCCUCCGCCGCCGGGCAGUGGCGACUCACCGUAUGCGGCCUCACGGGAUAGGACUGACCUCACUUGCCUCGGUGCCGCUACAGCAACGUUGAACGCAGCCGCGGGGGCAGCGUCGCCGAUUAUUGCCUUGCGGGGGCAGAGCGGCUCCUCCGUUCCACCGUGCGGUGGAAGAGUCUGUCAGAGGCACUGGCUCCCGCUCGGGUUCUGCGCUCUUCCCAUCGCCGCGGGCGGCGACAACGGCGUCUCGGCACCUGUAUCGUCUUCUGGGACGCCAGCAGUGGCGGAUGUCGCCUCGCGGGCGGCGGCCACUAUGGGCGCGGUGAUGCCAGAGUCUACGGAGCAGAUGCAACUGGGUGGCUGCGACGAGGGAGCUAGACGUGGCCCAGUGCCAGCGGUAGCGAGGACGGUAUGGACGACGCGCGUGACGGACGCGGCGGCUACUGGACGCAAGCCCCUUCUUGCAGCAGGCCGCGUCAUACCCUCUCUCACCCUCUUCAACCCAACGGAACUGCCCUCGACAGGCACCGCCAGCGCAUCUCUCUCUGCCCCUCAAAACACCGAGAGCGAUGGUGGCGGCAGCGAUCGUCAGCGGACGACAUCGCUGUUGCCUGCCUGGUGCCACACCGUUGCAGAGGCCCUCCUCGCUCCGCCGUCGCCACCAACACUGCACCGACCUGACCAGCGCCGUCGCACCUCCACAUCCGGCACCACGACGGCAGGGACAACCACCUCAACCACUGUGGCGAGGAACAUUCACAGCCGAAGGUGGAGUAUGGAGGCACGCGGUGGAAUGCCGGUUGGCUGGACCGCGAAGUUCGUCACGGCGGCAAAGCGAGCAUUGGCGCCCCAGUGCGCUGCUGUCGCCGCCUCCGCAGUUGACGAUCGCAGGAGGGAGGGAAGGGUGGAGGAGGAAGAGGGCUGCGCGACCCCACCGUCUCACUCCUCUCACUUGCCGCCGCGCGAGAGUGCUGGCCCAGACGUGGCCGUGUUUGGUAACGCUAACCCCACCGGACGCCAACUCCCUCCGCCGGCGCCUCUGAAAACAACCAUACCGACUUCACCACCACUGGUGCCCUACAGUAGUGAGCCUGACGGCGUUGGCGGCGGCCGUGGCAUCGUGCGGAUCGUGGCGGAGGCGACCACUGUGGACUUUGACGCUCAUGACGCGCCUCACGCGUACACGCAAGUGUUCAUGGAGGUCGACACGAAACAUGCCACCACCACUUCGACCGUCUUAGGGUCUGGUGAUGCUGGCGUAGCCGCUAACGCCGACGACGCCGCUGCCGCGGCGUCCACGCUAGAGCGGGCACGCACACGCAAGGCUCAGCUCUCCACCUCUACCACGCUGUGCCAAUUUCAAGGCUACCACCAACGCAGGCGCGAGGGGGGUGACACCGUUGCCAAUCCAGGGGUCGAUGACGGUGAUCUCGGUGCCGGUGCUCCCAUUGCUGCUGCGCCGACCAUAACGGCAGCAAGCGCGCAAAACAAUCCGGACGAUGCCUCAUCGCUGAAUUACGGUGAUGCCCGCGUUGGCGAUCCCUCGGCUUCGCCGACUCGACUCCGCACUGUCGAUGCGGCGUGGGAAAAGCGGGGCGGUCACGCCAGUACUAUCACUCGCAGUAUCGGUUCCGCGGUACUGUCGCUGCACUCCGACGCUGCACGGCCGCGUACGCGCAGAUGUAGGUCUCCCCUCUCAGCGUGGGCCCCUGCAGUGGCGCAGCUGACAAUGCUGGCUCCCGAUGGCACCGAAAUGGUGAUGCAGGAGCACUCGAACGAGCACCCAUCGCAACGACGCCACGGUCAGGUCGGUGGCUGUGCAAGCGCCGCUGCGGCCUCUUCGGGUUACGCAGCUCACACGAACUCCCCCUACAUCAUGAGUGGGCGUGCCAAUACCGGCAAUCUGCGCGUCGGUGAUGUCGCGACUGAAUUGCCGAGCACGGCUGAGGCGACCGCGUCAGGCAUGUUCGUCACGCCGGCUGCAGCGAUGCGGCCCAGUGUAAUUAUGGGGUCCCCAGCCGUACCGGCGGGGCCAGCCGGUGAGUCCGAGGGCGGCGGCGAUGGUGGCGACGUGGACCACUCCUCAGAAGGCCUCGUGAACACCAGCCAGAACACACGGUUCAAGGGCGCAGACGGCCUUGACUCUCUGUCCAUUUACGCAGAGGCGGUACCGCUGUUUCACAUGCUACCGGUGCCGAUUGAAAGCGUUCCUACGUCCGCCCCUUCGCUGGUGUCGCCGCUGCAGAAUCGUUCGGAGCAGCAGCAGCCACAGGGCUUAUCUAACGUUACGAAGGUGAGCAGCGUGAGUCGCAUCCCUAGGAGGCCACUUGGACAGCAUCCUCCCAAGCUGGGACGUCCGUCAGGGCAUACAGCCGAGUGUGAUGUGUGA